AUGAGAACUGCGUCUAUAUGUCUCUUACUGGCAGGCGUGUCUGAAGCCGUUCACGUAUAUCUUUACCCACAACCUUCUGUUCCUCCAUUGCUUUCAAUCUCCCAAGCUGGAGCUGCACUUGCUUGCCAUCUCGGGCUGGACUAUCAUGAAAUUUUGGGAGAUGAUGAUACUUUCUUCCACCAGAAAGCUUUCGUUGGACAAGGGCCAAGCAGUUCAUUGCUUCUUAGCAUGAGUGAGGACGCCGCAGAAGAUGCUAUCCCCAUCAACAUAAAAGAAUCCUUCUCAUUGACAUUGGCAUCUUCGCCAUCUGCUCUCUCCUCUCUCAUCCCAGCAUAUCUCGACCGCGCACGUCAUGCAUACUCCCAAAUAUUCUCUGAGCCAGUUCUACCAACCACUGUCCCACGUAUCAUCGAUAUAUUCUCAGUCCCCUCUUCCGCAAGCCAGAUAUUCCUGUCAGAGAUGACAACACUUGUAGAUUUUUUGGAGUCCAACGAAUUCUCUACGGACAAGUUUGCGGCUCUCGAACUGAAUGGGCUCUCUGCGCUCGCCGAGGAACAUGGACGUGACAGCGAACAAUACCACCUCGCAUCUGAGACCAUUCGGAGCUUCAUCUCGAGCGCUGUAGAGAAGCGUGACCUCAAGCUUGCGAUUGUCACUAUCCCGGAUUCUGUAAAACAGCUAAAGCGCCAGGACGGUACCCAAGUUCAGCCACCACAGAGCCCGCUUCCCCCUCCCAUUGCGGGUCCCGCAGAACCUAUUGAUGCUGUCUCAACAUGUUUCACUUCUGCGGAGGUGUGCGGGAACUCAACGAAUUCCUGCAGCGGGCAUGGCCAAUGCGUUUCGGCUACGAAGGCGGGGAGAACGUGUUUUGUCUGUGCCUGUGCGGCAACAAAGGACGCGCAGGGACGCACAGAGAAAUGGGCCGGAAAUUCAUGCGAGCGAAAGGAUGUUAGUGGACCUUUUGUGCUUUUAACAGGUACAGUGGUCGCGCUCAUCCUCCUCGUAGGAGGGUCUGUAGCACUUUUGUCUGCGAUUGGAGAUCAGGAGCUACCGAGUACUCUUACGGGUGGAGUUGUCUCUACGUCACGAAAGGAUUAA